AUGUCGGACGAGGAAAAGGUGGAUCUUUCUAUCGAGGGUGCUCAGAGCGAAGAGCCCGAAGAGACCCCACCCCCAACCACGGGGCCCGAAGUGGAAGAAUCGUCGCCAGCUGACAUCAGAAAAGUGGACGAAGAGAAGCCCGCAGAAAAUAAAGAAAAGCCCAGGCCAUCAAAGUCGCCGAAGAAAUCACCAACCAAGCAAACAACUGAGACCCCUGAUGCGCCGGAAGAAAAGAAACUGGGUGUCCUCGACAAACCUUUGAUCAUCGAGGGAAGAAGAUCGCGCGUCAAGGUGGACCACUUCGUAAUUGCAACCCCUAAGGCCGAGAAGCAGAAUGUCGAAGAUGUCGCAGGAAAGGGAGCCGGGAUGGCGUUGGGAGACAUUAGUUCAGCUAACGAAUAUAUCACAAAGUCUCGUCCGGCCGACCUGAAGCUGCUCCAUAAACUUCUGUAUCGUCGUGAAGGACAGGCUGCCCAUGCAACGAUCUUCAAACGCGCCCUUCGACAGUUCAACGGGUGGUGGUUCGAUGAGAAAUCAGACGAAUGGCAAAAACGUGUUGAUAUCCUGAACAAGAUGAAACUUGCCGACGUAAAGAAGCUUCGUUCUGGCGUCGGCCUCCACCAUGCAGCGCCUACCCGCGAGAAAGAGGCAGAGAAUUUGAUGAACUAUCUGCUCAACCCUUCUGGAAAGUCUACACAAGCCGAAAUGGCAAAGAAGGAAAAGAAAACUGCCGCCAAGAAGCGAGUCUCGAAGGCGAAAGCAACGCCCGCAAAACGGUCGAAGAAAGCAGCGAAUUCCGAAAGUGAGCAGUCCGAAGAUGAACCGGAAAUCGAGGACAACGAGGAAGAUUACGCGGCUCCUACACCGAAGAAGCGCGGCCCCCCGAAGACAGCGUCCCCUAAAAAGACAGCCAAGUCAAAGGCCAAGAUUGACUCGGAGGAAGAUUCUGAUUCCAAGAGUAGCGAUGAAGGGGAAGAUGAAAACGACGACUCAUCUGUGAAAACUGAGACCAAGUCUACAGACGAGAAGGGUGAUGUUAAAGCCGCAGGAGAAGAAGAAGAUAAAGAAGACGAAGCAGAAAAAGAAGCAGAAGAGGAGGAAGAUCCGAAGCGCCCGAACGCCGCGCUCAUCCGAAAAGCUGCUGGGAAGCUUUUGAAAGAAUUCGACCUCACCCAGGUGUCAAUGCGCCAAAUGUGCGAUGCUGUCUGCGAAAAGUUUCCCGACUCGGACCUGGUGGAGCGCAAAUCUUUCCUCAAGGGCGUCAUUACGGAAAUUUUGCAAGAAAUGGCA